CUGGCUACCUCUCUCGAUUAUUACGAGUAUCUAAACCAAAGGCAGCACGAUCCUUUCCCUACUUCAACACUAUCGCAUUUAUUGUUCGCACGUUCUUCGAAUCCUAAAUCGGCAUUUCUUUGUGUAUCUGACGCUUUUGUGUUGCGACGCUGUUGAAUCCGCGUUGUGGGAAAAGGGCGAAUAUAACGAGGAAGUCGAUCUAGAACGCCGUGGGGGCAUAAAACAACUGGAGCCAGGUGUGGCGUGACUCUACUGACGCCUCGAAUUCCCCCAACAGUGCACCCGAGCGCCUCAACAACCGCCAUUUUGUAACUGUUACCUUUCGCUUUUGACAUCGCCAUAACAACGGCCCGCAGCAUCCGUGGCUGCGUCGUCACUGCAGGCAGACUGACAAGUCAAAGACGAGUGGGCGCAAAUGGCCACACUCCGGGAAGCCACGCGAUACAUAAUCGCCAUUACGGGUACUAUGUGGAAAGUUGUGCUUCUGGCGCUAUGUCUGCUUGCAAAUGAAGCUCAGCCUAUGGACCAUCCAAUUUACGGCGUCAAGCUCUGUGGUCGGGAGUUCAUCCGAUCAGUCAUCUUCACUUGUGGCGGCUCACGAUGGAGACGCUCGCUCAGAACCGCAGCAGAAGACCUAGUCGACUCCCAUCAAGAGUCUUCGGAGGAAUUGAGUCACAAUCCUGUGAUGGAGACUAUACUCCACAGAAACAGAGAUCUUGCUUUCACAUCAAAUGAAAACCAAGACGGAAUCUUCAGCCGGCCAACUCGUUCUUUUAUCACCGAAGAGAUUCUUGAAGCCCUGAGGAAGGCGGAUCGCAAGGGCCGGGAAGUGGUUUUGGGUCUUUCCAAUGCGUGCUGCAAGUGGGGCUGCAGCAAGAGUGAAAUCAGUUCCCUUUGCUGAUUUGCAGAAUUGCAUACACUUAUUUUGUUGUAUAUUAUUGAAAUUAAACACACACCUACAUGUAUGUAUGCACUCAUUUUUUCCUCAUGAACGUUUGGUUAUGUUGUUGUUGGAGCCAAUUUAGUUACCUUAGAUUAAAUUCUUACUUUUGUUUAAGAUUCGCUGGCCUUGGGCCAUGGACCGUUAUUUGACAAAGCAUUUGGUCACCUGAUCAGUCACCUGAUCAGGGAAAUAAAUAGGCUGCUCCCACUUGGUAGUUAGUCUCAGUUAGACAAGGAAGGAAGACAGUAGUGACAUAGUUUUUUACCGCUAAAAAGCCCGCUUCAAGCUACUUCAAGUUUGCCCCAGGCUUGUAGCUCUUGGAAUUUAGGAACCAAACUUUAGUUUACUUCUUUGAACCCUUUAUGUUGAAACCUUAGUUGAUUUACAAACAAUUUGGAUUUGUACCUGUGUGCCACCU